AUGGCAUCAAUUCGCCUGGCCAGGCCGGCCAGCAGCUUCUGCAAACACUUGAUUCCUGCCGCAUCUCGUCCUCUCUCCACCACCGCCGUCCUCCGAGCCACCACAUCUUCGACUCCCGAGAGCUCAGCCUCCGACUUUGCAAAGAAGCUCAAGCCUCUCACCCAAGAGCAGCGCGACUAUCUCUCCUCCGCCCUCCGAGUCAACCAGGCCGGCGAACUUGCCGCAACCCUCAUCUACUCCGCCCAGAGCCCCGUCAUCGUCCGCAAGCACCCUCACCUCCGUCCCCUGAUGGCCCACAUGUACGACCAAGAGGCCGUCCACUUCUCAACCUUCAACAGCCUCAUCCACAAGCACCGUGUCCGACCCACGGCUCUCUACCCGCUAUGGUCCGUCCUCGCCAGCGGCCUGGGCUGGUCCACCGCCAUCAUGGGCCGCGAGGCCGCCAUGGCCUGUACCGAGGCCGUCGAGACUGAAAUCGGCAAUCACUACAACGAGCAGAUCCGCUCCAUCUUGGAAAUGAUCGCCGAGUGGGAGGCGCAAGGAUACGAUGUCAGCGGCGAGAUCAAGCAGCUGGUGGACACCCUACGUAGGAUACGAGAUGAGGAGCUGGAGCAUCUGGAUCACGCGGUGGAAAACGAUGCCAGAAAAGCAGAACCCCAUUGGCUACUGACAAACGUCAUAAGGGCUGGCUGCCGUGGCGCGAUAUGGGUGAGCGAAAAGGUAUAG